GUGCGCCAUUCCGGGCUUCACUUCCGUGUUUCCAGAAAACAAGAUGAGUUUAAUACUCACGACGUGUUGUAGAGAGACACACGAGACAGAGAUCGAAGAAGAGGACGGCAGCAAGGAAGGUCUUCAUGAUUGCAGCCUGCUUUAAGCCGUUGAUACGGACAAGAAAGACGACGACGAGACCACAGACGUGUCCGUUCGAGAACACGUCAAACUGAAACCGAAAGUAAACUCAUCACGUAGUUUUAUCUUGGCGUGGGCGCGUGCAAUCUAUUUUGAUUUCCUGUUAAUUUUGCUUCACAAACGUCUUCUAAGAUUAAAAUUCACUGAACGUUAACAUUGAAACAAAAAAAUAUAUAAAUAUAAGUAUAUGUAAACAUAUAUAUACCGUGGACAGGUGACCAACAACUGUCUGAGCAAAACUCAUCAAUUGUCAUUUGCGAGUGUUUGGGCUGUGGGAAGAAACCCACUGCGAGGAAAACCCACCUCAGGACAUUGAAAUACUAUUGGGUAAACAAAUGAGUUCAGAAGAGCCAAGUACGCUAGAAGGUCCAAGUGACUGUGAAAAAUGGCCUAUUAGAAGAAGAAGAUGGGAAGGAAUACAAUCCAUAGCAUGAUGUCUCAUCUUCAGAAGAAGAAAGUCCUGAAGCUGAGAGACCCGUGGAGGCCUGAUCCGUGGUGGAUCUGACCGAAAGACUGAAGGGUCACAAAGUGACGUUACAAUUUCCUCACCUCUUAUGAACUUGCCUCUGCCCCAGUUGUGGCAAGAAAGAGGAGGAGAUGUCAAUUGUACACUAGAGAGGAUGAUUAACAGUGUGUGGCAGACUGACUUUUUUGUUGACCCCUCACACACAGACCAGAUGCCGUUUAAGCGAAGCUCAAAGAUAUCUGUCUCCAUCUGAAGCCAGAUGUCACCAUGGAGCAGGUCUCUGAGAAGCUGUUGAGGUACAAAGGCUUCAAUUUUCAUGUUGGUCUCACAACAGCAGAGUACAUUGAUGGGCUGCAGGACUUUGAGAUACGGGACAGUGACAUAUACCUGGUGACGUAUCUGAAAUCAGGAACAAUCUGGACUCAGCAGAUCGUAAUCUCAAUCCACAAUUUCGAUGGUGAGAAAAAAGAAUAUGCCAACAACUCUGAAGAGAUGCCAUGGCUGGAGUACUUGGCAAAUUGGGAACCGUACUCCACGCGUCCAUCACCGAGGUUCUUCAGCUCUCACCUGACGCCAGCUCUCAUGCCACCAGGGCUGAAGGAGAAGAAGGCAAAGAUGAUUUACGUGAUGCGAAACCCAAAGGACGUUGUUGUAUCCUUUUACCACUUCCACAAAAUUUGCCCCAACCUGGAGUUUCCGCAGAACUUCGAUCAGUUCUUGGAGGACUUCUUAGAAGGAAAUGUGCUCGGUUCAUCCUGGUUUGACCACAUCAGAGCUUGGCAACAGGAGAAGGACAACUACAACAUCCUGAUGUUGAGCUACGAGGACAUGGUGUUGGAUCUGGAAGCAGCUGUGAGGAAGAUCUGCAAGUUUCUGGGGAGGAACCUGAGUGAUGCUCAGAUCCAACAGGUUGUCCAUAAGUCCACGUUUAAGAACAUGAAGGAAGAUGAACGAGCCAACUACAAGUUUGCUCCUAAAAAAAUAAUCACUGGUGACUUCAUGCGCAAAGGUAAAAUCGGUGACUGGAAGAACACUUUCACUGUGGCCCAGAGUGAGCGAGUCGAUCGUCUACUUCAGGAACGACUCAGUGACGUGCCACUGAAGAUCAUCUGGGAGUGAUGCACAGAUUAACCAUAAAUUCCAUAGUAGCAGAGUACUCCAGGGUUUCUGUGAAAUACAGUGAAAUGAACCAACUGAAAUGUUUUUUUUUUCUUUUCUAUGUUUUUUUGUAUCAAUAUACUGGCUGAAGGGGAUCACUCAAACACCAUGUCCACCAGUCUGAUGCUGCCAGUCGGAGGAGCCUGUCUACCCCAUCAGAUUGGGCAAAACUGAUGAGAGAAUGACUUUUUUUUUUUCCCUCAAUAAUUUCAGAAUUCAGAAAUAAUAAUAACAAUCCCUGCAACAAACUGAAGCUCCUGGGAUCCUUGUCAUACUCACUUCCUAUGCCUGUGGUAUGACCUUCAUUCUUCUUUUUGUCACUGUGUUUGAGAAAACCUGACCUGAGACCACAGCAUACUGAGACCAAGUCCAAGACCAUGACUUUGAGGCCUAGAGACUGAGUUGAGACUUCUGAAUUCAAUGGUGACGUGGCUUGAGAUAUUCAAGAGGAACAAAGUCUGUUUUUCUUUCUCUCUCCUGUACAUAUAAAAAUAUCUGAGACAGCUAGCAACACAACAAUGAGGAAGGAACAAUGUUGACUAUCUGGUCUGUCAGCUCUUUGCCAUUUGAAUUCUUUCGUUAUUGCAGUUCAACUUUUCAUGAGUCAUUGUGUGGCCUAAAAAACAAAUCACUCAGUUGUAUAUUUUUCAAUAUAUUUUUACCUUUUCAAAUACUGUAUAUGUAAAUUAACAUUUUCUGUUAUUCCAUUGUAUUUAACAUUUUUGUGUUUUUUUGUCUCAAUAUUCUUAACCUCUUUGUUAAAAAUAUCAUUAAAAAAUAUUUCUUACCUUGAGCUUCUUUUUUAUGCAUUUAAGUAAACCCCCGAAUUUGAUGACAAGUGUUUUUGCGGUGAAGCAGAAACUCCCAUAAAAACAAACACUUAAACAUCAUCCAUAAAUGGAUAAUGUUCCGAGAUGAUUCACAGCAUGAUUACAACUAACUUGCCGCAUUUCC